AACUAUUUUGCACUUAUUUACAAACACCGUAAAAAUUGAAUCUAUGAAUUUAAUUUAGUUGUAUUUACAAACAAUAAUAUACAAUUUCUUAUCAAUUAACGUGUAACGCAUAUCUAUUAAAUGAAACCUAUUUAUUGAAGAACUACAGUAAAACAUGGACGCAAGAAAUGAUCAGCCAGUAUUCAUUGAUGUAGCUACCGGGUUUCAAGAGGUACCUGUGGAAUUGGACAAAACGAAAGUGAAAGAAGAAGUUGACGAUGAUAGUCAAAACGAAGAAGACGACAUAAAUAAAUUACUUAUCAUACGACCACGGAAAAUACGUUGUCCAGAAUGUAGUCGCUACACCACAGAAACUGCGGAAAAAAUGACGAGGCACAUACUAAAAGUGCACAGAGGCGAAAAUCCCUUUCAGUGUUUCAUGUGUGACUAUACAACGCCGAAUAAAGGGAAUUUCGAAGAGCACGUACGCAGACACGAAGGCAGAAAACCCUAUAAAUGUUCCUACUGCCCGCAUAGAAACGUGUCUAAGAAAAAUCUAAAGAAACACGAGUUAAUACAUAGACCAGAUAAUCCUUUGAAAUGUCCGCACUGUGAUCACAUAGCGAAGCACAAGCGUGGUUUCGCGUUCCACGCGAAACGCUUUCACUCCGACGUCCAAGAUGGCGGCUUGACAUGUGUCAAAUGUGACAGCUCGUUUGACAGCGAGGAGGCUGUCAAAUGUCACAGACGCUGUCAAAAGGCGUGCACAGACUGCGAUUAUGUGGCGUGUAGUAGUGACAUGUUGGAUGAACAUUUUUAUAGCAAGCAUGGGAAGAAAAAGAGUAAAAAAAAGAAGAAUGUUUGGACUUGUAGUAUCUGUGGUUGGCAGUCGGGGAAACAUGCAAGGAUAUUACUGCAUUUGAUUCACCAUCCGAAUCAAGAGGUUCAUGAUAUUGAUAUAAGUAUAUUGCAAAGGCAUGGUAUUAUGGAGUGAAAUAAAUAUUUAAAAAUA